UAUUAAUACAAAGAGAACAAUAUUAUCUUGAUUUAUUAAAACCUGAAUAUAAUAUUUUAAGAACUGCAGGUUCCUCUGCUGGUUAUAACCAUACUGAAGCUGCUAUUGAACUUAUUCGUGCGUCAUCUUUAAAACGUCGUAAACAUUCUGACGAAGUUAAAGCAAGAAUUGGUGCAGGUAGCUUUAGAUUGCAACCUGUGAUAGUUACAAAUAUUCAAACAGGAGUUAAUACAGAGUUUCCUACUAUGACAAAGGCCGCCGAAUUCCUUGAGACAUAUACAACUCAGGUAGGAAAUUACAUUAAAAGUAAAAAGCCCUUUAAAGGAAUAUAUUCUAUAACUAGAAAAUAA